AAAAGUAGUGUGUUUGUAUAAAAAUAUAAUCGCUUAUUUGGUAUUAACUUAAAAAUCCGCAUUAAUUGAUGAGUUUUAAAUAGUUUUUUAUAAUUGGCGGUACAACCCAUGCGCAGGCAAGCAACCAAUCAAUUUGGGUUCCUUCAAUACGGUUCCCCUCACAUUUGAGUUCUGUCCAGCAAUCGCACGCAUGCGCAACCCCUUAUCAACUUACAUAUACGAGAAAGAGAAAUAACGACCACAAUUAUUAUCCUCUCUCUCUUGUGUCAAUUUCAACUUCUUUCACGGAGCGCGCAGUCUAUCUGUAUAUGUCUAUGCGCGCGACUAACUGUGGCCAGCCAUUUUGAUUAGUAACAUGGCGUCUUCGGAGAUUAAUAUGGCGUCCUCGGACAUAAUAACCGAAGUGGAGAUUCAACCAGAUAUCCAAGAGGUUGAAAUAGAAACGAUACCGGUAGAAAUACCCUGUGAGACCGUGGAAACUACUAUCGAGGGAGAAGAUGGACAACCGAUGAUAGCUCUUCAAACGCUUCCAGAACCAGGACGCGAAGAAAUCAUACUACAGACGCAAGAGGAAAUUGUCGGCAGUGAUCCGUUGAGCGUGUACGAUCAGAUCCCGGUACCAGAGAACGAUAUUUAUGUCGAGUCAAGUCCUGGCCCAUCAAGAAAGGGUCCCAAGAAGGCCAGAAAGAGUGGUUCGUCGAAAUUCAGAACGUCCGAUCAUACGAUUUUUGGGGAGAUGGGCUCGGAAACGAAGGCUAGAAAGUGGGAGCAGAAGCAAGUGCAAAUCAAGACGCUCGAAGGUGAAUUCUCGGUGACGAUGUGGGCAUCGGGCACCGAUGACGGGAGUGUCCUAUUAGCUCCUCACCUGGUGGAUGUUCCAGAUGAAGGCUCAAAUCCAGAGCCUGAUCCAGACUACACAGAAUAUAUGACUGGUAAAUCCAAUGCCAAAUUCAAUCACUCUGGAAGCUCCAUUUCUGAUGGAAUGCCAGGUCUUGACCUUUCGGAUCCAAAACAGUUGGCAGAAUUUGCUAGACCUGGUCACAAAUUGAAAGUACGCAAGCCUCCUGUUUUAGACGGCGUUGAACGCACUAUAGCUUGCCCACAUAAAGGAUGCACAAAAAUGUUUAGAGAUAACAGUGCAAUGCGUAAACAUUUGCACACUCAUGGACCAAGAGUACACGUAUGUGCAGAGUGUGGAAAAGCUUUUGUAGAAAGCUCAAAAUUGAAAAGGCACCAGUUGGUUCAUACGGGGGAAAAACCUUUUCAAUGUACAUUUGAAGGAUGUGGCAAAAGGUUUAGCCUUGACUUUAAUCUUCGUACUCAUGUUAGAAUUCAUACUGGAGAUAGACCUUAUGUUUGUCCAUUUGACGGAUGCAGCAAAAAGUUUGCACAAUCAACGAAUUUAAAAUCACAUAUAUUAACACAUGCAAAAGCUAAAACAAGUGAUGAGACGAAAUUUCCAAUCCACAGGUCACGUAAUGCGAUUGGAAGACAAGUACAACAAAUUCAACUUCAACAACCUCAAUUUGUUCAAGUUGAAGUUGCAGAUGUGGAUAAUCAACAGUUUAUUGUUUAUGCUGAUUAGCCCCCCUAAACAAUGAUCUCAUAUCCUAUUAAACUUAUUCUGGAGUAUCGUAAUCAUUAAUUAGUAAUCUAAACAGUGUAAAUAUUUUCACGAUACAAGUGAUGUGGGCAGGACAUUACUAAAGCUGUUAGUUAUCUUAAGAGAAGAAAUUAAUCGAUUUAUACCUCUGUGCUUAGACGCAAAGUAAAUGGAUAUCACAAGCACUAUACUACGACAAAAAAAACGUUAAAAACCUACACAAGAGAAGGUAGAAUAUCUUCUGAAACACACGAAGUAGAAUGUUGCGCACUGCUCAAUCUCGUGUCUAAGUAACUAAAUGAUACCUAGUGCGCUCUCAUAAUAACAACUGUAUAUAUUUAUACGUAAAGUAAAAUAUUGUAUACAGUAUAUUUUGGAGAAAUUCUGAUGAGAAUAAACUACAAAAUACGUCUUUUCCGUCGGACUCAAUCGUACCAUUUUAAUAUACUUUUUACACUACAUAAUGGUAAUUGUUAAUAGUCAUUGGGAAAUGAAAACCUGCGUCUAUUGUGUAUUAUACUUUAAUGUUUGCAAAAUACGACACAUUUAUUCCUGUAAAAUUAUUAAGAUGUUUUUAAGUAUUGUCUAUGUAAAUAGACAGUGAAAGCAUUGUAAGAUCAAAUGAAUGUGUGUUUAAUAUUGUCAGCAUUUGAAAAAAAACUGAUUAAUUCGAAAGACUUA